AUGGCCGACCCCGAGAAGCAGGGACCCGCUGAGAGCCGUGCCGAAGACGAGGUAAUGGAGGGCGCCCAGGGUGGCGAGGAUGUGGCAACCGGAGGCGAGGGUGCCGCUGCGCCCGCGGCCGAAGAGCCACAGGCUACCGGGGAGAACGCGCCCAAGCCCAAGAACGAGUUUAUCGAGAGCCUGCCCAAUUCCGUCAAGUGCCGAGUUCUGGCGCUCAAAAAGCUGCAGAAGCGCUGUGAUAAGAUCGAGGCCAAAUUUGACAAGGAAUUCCAGGCUCUGGAGAAGAAGUACAACGACAUCUACAAGCCCCUUCUUGCCAAGAUCCAGGAGCUCACCGGUGAGAUGGAGGGCUGCGCCUGGACCCUGGAGGAAGAUGAUGAUGACGACGAGGAAGAAGACGAGGAGGAGGAGGAGGAGGAAGAAGAGGCUGCGGCCGGCGCCACUGGGGGUCCCGACUCCGCCAAGAAGUGA